UGACCUGGGGGCGUGGACCCGGGAAUGAUCCAGGAAACCGCUACCCGAAUUCUGAUUUUCUAUCCCCCGAGUCCGGUUCUCAAACCCCGCACGUCCAGGGAGACGGAACUGGAGAUAGGAACUUCGGCUCCGAGGAGGGGCCGACGCCGUGUACAGCGACGAACCGCGUGGAGCUGAGGCUGUCUGGUGGCCCCCAGCCGCCUGCGGACUCUACCGUUUCGUCAUGGCAAGAUUCUGGGUCUGCCUGGUCGGCGCUGGCUUCUUUCUUGCAUUACUGGUUUUGCAUUCGCGUUUUUGUGGCUCCCCGGUUUUAAGGGAAUUUGCUUUUCAAAUUUCCUGGAGAACCAAGGAAAUUCCUUACCGGCUGGAUGUGGGUUGGCCUAAGCACUCAGAAUACUUUACUGGAGCAACAUUUUGUGUUGCAGUUGACUCCCUCAGCGGAUUGGUUUACAUAGCCCAGAGAGGGGAUAACAUCCCAAAGGUAUUAGUGUUCACAGAGGAUGGAUAUUUCCUACGAUCCUGGAAUUACACUGUUGACACACCUCAUGGUAUAUUUGCAGCCAGUACACUACAUGAACAGUCUGUCUGGAUCACGGAUGUAGGAAGUGGAUCCUAUGGUCAUACUAUUAAAAAAUACAAUUCCUUUGGUGAUCUUGUUCAAGUCUUGGGUACCCCAGGCAAAAAAGGCACUGGUUUGAAUCCCCUGCAAUUUGAUAAUCCCGCAGAAUUAUAUGUAGAUGACACAGGAGAUAUUUACAUUGUGGAUGGAGAUGGAGGAUUGAAUAACAGAUUGAUCAAAUUGUCCCAAGAUUUCAUGAUGCUUUGGCUGCAUGGAGAACGUGGAACGGGGCCUGCUAAGUUCAACAUACCUCACAGUGUUACCGUUGAUUCAUCUGGUCGGGUGUGGGUUGCUGACCGAGGAAAUAAAAGAAUUCAAGUAUUUGAUAAAGACACCGGGGAGUGGUUAGGAGCAUGGAAUAAUUGUUUCACAGAAGAGGGACCUUCUUCAGUCAGAUUUACUCCCGACGGAAAGUACGUGAUUGUAGCCCAGCUGAACCUUAGCAGGCUCUUACUGGUGGCAGCGCCCCCAGUGGGAAGCAUCGGUAACUGUUCUGUAAUCGGCACGAUCCAGCUAGCGGAUCAAGUUUUACCUCAUCUCUUGGAUGUCAGUGGGAAGACUGGAGCAAUCUAUGUAGCAGAAAUUGGAGCAAAGCAAGUACAAAAAUAUGUCCCUAUGAAUAGCUAUUUUCCUUCAUUCGGUUCGUAAUGUUUCCUUUGUGGAGAUCUUUCAAGUGGAAGUUCAGAUUCUAAAAUUCAUUGUUAAGCCCUUACAAAUAAUGUUCAAGCAUAAGAAUGUGUUUCUUUAUUUUUCUGUGACCUGGUGAUGAGAAAAAAUUGUUUUUAUAUCAUGAAGAACCAUAUGUUUUGUUGCUCUUCUUGUGACUUAGUUUUACUUGUAAGUGCAUUAGAAUAUUUUAAUGAAGGAAAUGUAAUAUUUAAAAAAUGGGGUUGGAAAGAGGGACUAAGGUUGUAACCUGGGUAUUUGCUCUGGUAGACUAAUUUUCCCUGGGAGGAAGAGGGAAAGGAAUAAAAAUGAGUUUUGCAGGAUAUAUUGAAUUUUAUAAGAAGAACUACAAAGCUCUAAUUUGUUCACCUUAUAUAAAAUGUACAUUUUGAGAGAUCAAGUCAGAUGGGCUCUUGAUUAAUGAGUACCCAUAGGAUGCCAGCUCCUAAAGAUUCAGAGAUGAAGAAGCAGGUUUAUCUUUGUGUGCCUUUUCAGGAGCUUGUAGUCCACUGGGGAGACAAGUGUGCAAACUGAUACAACACAGUGACAGCAAGGCUUAAGUGUAGCAGGACUUUUGGAAGUCGGAGCAUUACUUCUGACUGAGGGAAUCCGGGAGGUUUUGCCAGGAAAGUCAACUUGAGCUCCAACUUGAGAAACUGAAAGGGGAAAACAAGGUGGUCCAAGUGGACAAGUGGUAAAAAGUUACAAACUUGCUGGGAGCUUUGGUAGGCUUUCUUUUAAAAGCCCAUCUUGGUUUGGGUCCUUUAGCUGUAAAAUACUUAAUCUCAACCUCUCAGUGUAGGAAUAAAACAACAGGCAUUUAAGCACUUUACUGAAAGGGAUCUUUACAAGUACUAACUGCAAUGUUUUUUUUUUUAUUAAAGGUAACAUUAAAAGUUGGGGCCUCUCUUCAGGGCCUCUUUCCUUUCUUUUCUUUGUUUUUUCUUUUUGUUAAACAUGUACUCCGUUCGUUCCUAACAUCUGUCUACCUCAAAGAAGUUUUAGAAUUAUUUAUAUGGGGAUGUGUACUGAACACUUUGCACUAUUAAGGUGAAUAAUUUCUUACCUUUCUAGGCCUCUCUACCCCUUUGGUUUUAAUAUUUGCUUCCCCUUCUUUUCAGUUCUAGUUUAUUCUGGGUUUUGGUUGAACCUGGCCAUAUGAUGAUCUUUCAGGUCAUUCCUCCCCUUUUCUUGUAUCCAUCUCCUUCUUUAUUCUAGUCUUGCCCUGCAAAUCAUGUAGCAUGUGAGAAAUCCUGAGCUGACUUCUCAUCACCCAUUAUGGCUGCAGUCUGUUUUGUAGACCUCAGGGAAUUCAAACUAUUUUGAUGCUUGGAUCAUAUCUUGAUGCAGUUAGGAAGGUAAAUCGACCAACAGGAAACUUCCGUGUUCCAAGGCCCUUGAUAAGUGUGUUCAUGCCACUGAUCAAGCUGUAUGAUCUUAAAUGAGUUUUUCUUAGUUUUUUCUCUUUAGUAGAAAUUCCUCCUCCAGGAAUGCUGUAAGGAUCAGAUGUAUGACAGAUACAAAUGUACCUUCUGAAAUAAAUAGUUUCGAGUACUUUAAAGGCAGAAAUUCUUAACAAAAAUCCUUCUAAAUGUGCUAUUUACCUGAUAUCAACCAUCAAGUUUGCCUUAAUUUUGCGUUUAUUGCUUUUUUCAGAACUUAUCCUCAUGAACUUUAUGCAGCUUAGUCAAUAUAGUAAAUUUAUUUGUAUAAAAAGAAAGUGAUUUGAGGGUUUUGUUUUGUUUUGUUUUUAAGCCAGGACAAGAAGUGCAAAUGUCUCUUAGGAAUGCAGGUUAGGUAAACUGAUCUUGUUCUUUUAAAAAUGUUAUAUUUAACUUUAUUUUAUACCAGAUUCUUAUAAAACUUGUUGAGAAUUUUGUUGCCAUAUGUCUUGCUAGAAGUGUCUAUUAGCAUCGCUGUAAUCAUAGUAUUUCACUUUUUUCCUUUGGAUUAAUUGAUUAAAUGAUUUGAGAAAAUGUCUUAUUGUCAUUUAAAAGAUACAAAUUAAAUUUUUGGAAAGAAAAGACAA